AUGCUGGAUAAAAUGUUUUCUUGUCCACUGUGUGCUCGGCCUAGUUUUGAAUCAUUGGAUUCACUGCGAAUAGGACUUGUUAGUGUAGCAACACGACCACUGCAGUGUCCUGUUUGCAGUGAAACACUUUUAGGCAUUGAUAAAUUGACAAUUCAUUUAUUCGGUCAUACGAUAAAUACACCUGAGGAAACAACAAAAUUAAUUCACAAUAAUCAAACUAAAGCAAUUACAAAUACAGACUUUCUCUAUGAUAAUUCAGUAGAUAAAAAUCAAAAUCAAAAUUUUAAUUAUCAGGGAGAUUGUGGGUUAAAAAUUAACUUGGAACAAUCGACCCGUACAGAAAAUUCUUUAGGAAAAAUAGUUAAUUCAUGUGUAAUUCAAUCUAAAGACGUUGCUACAGUGUCUAUAAAUAGUUUACACCAGCAUGAGCCACGUCAACUACCAUCAGCUUGGUCGAACGAUUUAUCGCUACACGGUGUACAAAAUUCAACAUCUACUAUCAAAUCUUCUAAUAUCGUAGACGUUAAAAGUUGUAAAAAUAUCUCGCGGAUUCAAACCACGGAAGCUAAAUUUUUAAAUGAUAAAAUUGGAUCGAAAUUAACUUUACACAUUCCUGAAAGCUCUACGUCAGUUAUGAUUAAUAAUAUAAAUAAUGUUAGUAAUUAUAAUGCUAGUACUAACAGUAAUAGCAAUAGUAGUAAUAAUGAGGUAAAUAUUUUACCACAAUUAAAAACAUUAAAAAAUAAUUUAAUGGCUAAAGAGAAAACUGAACGGUGUAAUAUAUGCGGCUUUCACUUUCCCGAUUACAAUAUUUUAAUGUUACAUAAGCAAAUAGUUCAUAUGAUUGACGAAAAAGAUAUUGAUAUAAAACCAGAAACGUUGUUGAAAAAUUAUCCUUGUCAUUUGUGUCAUAAAAUUUUUAAGAUGCGUGGGAGUUUGAUGGUUCAUAUGAGAGUCGCUCAUACUGGUAUUAAUUUAGGUUCAUUAUCAAAAGAUAAAGAUUCAAGUCAAGAUUGCUGUGAAAACGGGUUUAAUUGUCCAACUUGCGGGAAAAAUUUUCGCAAGGAGCAACAUGUAACUCAACAUUUAAAAACUCAUGAAGCAAAGCAAUGGGAGUGUGAUGUAUGCAGUAAAAUGUUUACUACAAAAUACUUCCUGAAGAAACAUAAAAGAUUGCAUUCUGGAGAAAUGCCAUACAAGUGUAAUAUAUGCAACAAGACAUUUACAUUUCAACAGUCUUAUCAUAAACACAGAUUGUAUCACAAAGAUGAUAAACCACACACGUGCACCACUUGUGGCCGGUCCUUCAAAGAGCUUUCGACGUUGCACAAUCAUGAGAGAAUUCAUACCGGUGAAAAACCUUUCGCAUGCGAAACUUGUGGUUUGUAUUUAAUUAUUUAAAUAUAUCGUUCAGAUUUAUAGAUGAGAGAUUUUAAAGUGCUUUUUCAAAUGCUUUCAGUUAUUAAUUACUAACCAUCGUAUGAAGCAUGAUCUUUGUUUUUGUGAGUCAAAGAACUCAUAAGUGUCCAGUUCAAACAGCAGAAGCCAAAGAAUCAUUAUCAGAUCACUCCGAAAAUUCCUCAGGUGGAAAUGACGUCAUCCCUGAAAUAGAUAAAAAUAAAAAUCUCGGAAUCUCCGAAGUAAAUCAAGAGAAUAAAUUUGUCCUGGUAGUUGACAAUGGUCAGCCGAUUUUAAAACGCGAGCAGGAAAUAAAUUCAACUUUGUCUCAAGAGUGCAGCUCACUGUUGCAAGAAUCACUCCAAAUAAAUGAUCCCGAUGAUUUUUAUCCAUUUGUCGGUAUUUCGCCAGAUCUAAGACCCGAUUUGUCCUCACCAUCUACAGAAAUGAAGCAAUUAAGACUUUCAUCACCUACUAAUGAAGAUAGUUAUCAAAAUCGGAAACUUGACGAGCCUUUUCAAGAAGCUCCAGACCUUCAUAAAGACAUAAAACAUGCCAUCGACGGUAUCCUGCAAGAAAGACGGGAAAUAAAUACUCUAGAGACGAUAAACGAUGAAUCAUUCAAAGAAUUGUUGUAUGAAAUAGACAAAAAAAUUUGA